GAGACCUUACAGCAGUUAAUAGUCAUGCCCCUUCCCAACAUCCUCUGCAUCGCCAAGGACCCAAUAUCAGCCAAGAGCAUGGAAGAACUGAAAAGGCUUUUGUUGCUGAUCCUAGGCUGUGCAGUGCAGUGUGAGCGUAAGGAGGAGAUGAUAGAGAAGAUCAAGCUGCUGGACAUUGGGACCCAAGCUGCCAUUGUCUCUCACAUACAGGAGGUGACCCACAACCAGCUGAAUGUUCUUGACCUGUCCUGGCUGGAGGAAGGAACCGAGCUUGCUCAUGAUGAGCUUGAACCUCUGUCCCGUAACAUGGCUGCGUCUCUACGGCAACUCAUUGACCAGCGAGACAAAGCCAGUGAGGUGAUUGUGGAUCUCACCCAGGAGAGGGACUACUUCUCCAGUCAGCAGCCCCAGGAAGGAUGCAGGAACCUGGGCAUGAGCAGCCCAGAGCGUGGCCAGGGUUCUGGAGGAGUGGGAGUGAACGGUGGAUUGACUGUGUCCACACUGACCAAAGAGGAGAAGCAGCAUCUGUCUGUGGAGCUUGCUGAUACCAAGGCCAAGCUCCGCAGAUACAGACAGGAGCUGGAGGAGAAGACAGAGCAGCUGAUGGAUUCAAAACAUGAAGUGGAGCGUCAGGAUCAGGAGUUACAGCGACUGAAACAAGAGAACCAGUCACUGUCUUGUGAGGCUCGUUCAGUCCGAGUGUACCGGGACGAGGUGGACUCACUGAGGGAAAGAGCAGCUCGGGUCGACCGGCUGGAGACGGAACUGACCAGAUGUAAAGAGAAGCUCAAUGAUGUGCACUUCUACAAGACCAGAGUGGAGGAGCUUCGUGAAGACAACAUGACUCUGAUGGAAACAAAGGUGUUGUUGGAGGAGCAGCUGUCGGCCUCCAGGGGGCGCUGUGAUAAACUGCACACGCUGGAGAAAGACAAUCUGCUACUAAGAGCUAAAAUCCACGACCUGGAAAUGGAGAGGGACAAUGAACGACGGAGGCUGGAGGAGCUGGUGGAGGAGAACAUGCUGUUGGAGAUCGGACAGAAACAGAGCAUGAACGAGUCAGCUCAUCUAGGCUGGGAGCUGGAACAGCUUACCAAGAACCAUGACAACACUAACACAGAGACUCGUAAGUCAUUGGUCCACGAGCUGAAUGAGUGUGUUUCCAGCCGGGUGCUGAAGCUGGAGAAGGAGAACCGAGAGCUGCAAGCCUCUAUAGAGAGGCUAAAAGAGGACAACCACGUCCUGCAGGAGCAGCAGCUCCACACCCAGGAGCUGGAUCGGGAGAACCAGAGUCUCAGCAACAAGUUGGAGCGCCUCCAGGGGUUGCUGGACCAGGAGAGAAUGACCAAUCAGGACAUGGAAUGUCUGGGAGAGGAGCUACUAAAGGAAAAACAGAGUCUGGAGAGAGAGAUGCAUGCUCUGAGGGCAACAAAGGAUCGACAGAUCUCAGAAUUGGAGAGCGAGAAGCAGCAUCUGUCUGAUGCAGUUGGGUCCCUUCAGGAACGCGCGCAGUCCAACAGCGAGGCAAGAGUCCGUGAGGUGGAAGCUAAGAAUCGUUUACUGCACCAGAGCAUCACAGACACCAGCUCCCGAUUAGCCAGCUUGGAAACACAACUCAAAGUAGUCAGUGAGGAGGCAGAUAGGCUGAGAGAGAGAGCUGGGCGGUGCGAGGAGGUGGAGAGAGAGGCAGCCAGGCUGGAAAGGAGCAGGGACGCUCUGACCAGAGAGGUGGCAUCUCUACAUGAAUGCAAUGAUCGGUCAGAGGCUUUAGAGAAGCAGGUGUCCUCUUUGGAGCAGGAGGUGCACAGGCUGAAGCGGGAGGCAGAGGAGGCCCAGCGGGAGCUGCAGCGACUGGGGAAGCAAGAGGCAGAAAACAGCCUGCUGUCAAAGGAAAACCUGGACCUCCGCUGCUCCCUGGAAAACCUGCGCUCAACAACCGCCUGCCUGCCCACCUUACAGGAAGAGCUUCAGGAGGUACAGAGAGAAACACAGGAGCUGAAGAGAAGGCUGGAAGAGGCCAGUGAAGAGACUCAGGGAGAGAGGAAGAGAGCAGAGAGGCUGGAGCUGAACUUGGCUGCUCUGAAUCAGGAGAAGCAUCGCUUAGAGGAGGAAAUAGAACAGAGCAAAGAGGAGAGGGUAGAGAUAGAGAGAAAGAGGCGGGAGACACAAAGCAGAGAGGAGGAACUGAAAAGGGAAGUAGAGGAACUGAAGGAGGAGCGAAGAAGAAGGGAGGAAGGAGAUGAGGAGAGGAAGAAGCUCCAGCUGGACUUGGAGCAGUCAGAGAAGGGCAGAAAGUUCCUGGAGAAGGAGAGCUGGAGAAUCAGGACAUUGCUGGAAGGGAAAGAGACAGAGCUAGAAGAGAAAGACAGGCGAUUGAAAACAGUAGUAAAAGAAGGUGCAGCUCAGAGUAAGGAAGUGGAUAGGCUGAAGGAGGUGGCAGUCAAAGCCAAGGAGUUGGAGCGAGAGAACAAAGACCUUCAGAAACAAGCAACUAUUGACAAGAGGACUUUGGCUACACUGAGAGAGGAAUUGGUGUCAGAGAAGCUGAAUGUCCAGCAACAGAGUGUUGAGUUAGAGAGACUAAAUGAAGAACUGGAAAAGAUUGGACUGAACAGAGAAAGACUACUGCAACAAGAGCACACACUGGAGGACAGCAAGUACAGGCUGCUGGAGUCUCGACUGGAGGAAACUGUUCAACAGACAAUGAAGAUUAAGGAAGAGAAAAUCUCCAAUCUGGAGAAGAAACUUGAAGAGAGCAGCACACUCAACACUACUCUUCGUACAGAACUCACCACUGUUCGACAGACAGUAUCUGCCCUGCGUCAGCAGCAAGAGGUGGAAGAAAACCACAACUCCCAGCAGCGCUCAGGGAACAACCGGGAUGCUACUGCUGAGCUGCUUCGAAUCAAAGAUCAUCUCAUUGAUGUAGAAAAGAAUAAUGCCUCCCUGCAGACAGAGCGCAGUCUGUUAAAGGAGCAGCUAAAACAGUUGGACAACCAGAACACCUCUCUCAACAACCAGAUGGUGGCGCUACAGCGAAACACCACCACCCUGCAGGAACAGAAUUCAGCUUUACAUACACAGACAGCAAAACUGCAGGUGGAAAACUCCACUCUCGCCUCUCAGAGUGCAUCUCUCAUGGCCCAAAAUGCAGUGCUGCAGGGCCAAGUCACUGCCCUGGAGACAGAGGUAGAGUCAUGGCAGCGGCAGCGUGAGGAGGCAUGGCGAGGCAGAGAGAGUGUGCUCAGCGAUCAUGAACGCUUGCUGAGUGUUCAUGAGAGACAAGCUCACGAGUAUGAGCAACUGAUCAGCCAGCAUGCGGCGCUGAAAGGCAAGCAGAGGGCGCUGGAGAGCGAACAAAGAACGCUGCACAGCAAGUAUUGUGUAUUGCUGCAGCAGAAGGACAAGUGGGAGGAGCAGGAGGGGCGUGGACAGAAAGAAAAGGAGGAACUGAACCAGGAGGUUCAGAAGAAUCGGCUACUACAGCAAGAGAAUCUACAGCUAAAAACUGAAGUGGACAGACUGACAGAGAACCAUUCACAGCAAACAGAGCAAAGUAAGGGCCUCCAGCAGCGUUUGAACGAACUCAAAAGCUCGUUCAGUUCUUCCCAGCUUGAAGUGAGUCGAUGGAUGGCGCGAUAUGAUUCGCUAAUGGAGCAACACCAGGGCCUGGAUCUGACCAUGACCAAACUAGACAACCACUGUGAGCUGCUGAGUCGACUGAAGGGUAACCUGGAAGAGGAGAACCACCACCUCCUGAGUCAGAUCAACCUGCUGAGUCAACAGAACCACACUCUGCUGGAGAGGAGCAUGGAGAGCAAAGAGCUGUAUCACCAGGAGCAGAAACUAUACAUUGAUAAGCUGAACGCUCUUCGUCGUCAGAAGGAGAAACUAGAGGAGAAGAUCAUGGACCAGUACAAGUUCUAUGACCCCACACCUAAAAAGAGGAGUCAGUGGUCUGGGGCCAAAGCUUUAGCCAAGCUGAUCAAACCUCGCAAGGAGAGCAGCAGAGAGAGAGGAGGCGACCGAGACAAGGAAGUGGGCAAAGACAAAGAGCGAGCAAAGAGUGCCCCAGACAUCCCCCUACCUGCCACACCCCCCCUCCUCCCCCCAGAGACCCCGCCCCCUCCACCCCAGCGGACGGGAAGUGACGUGCAAGAUGGCGUCAAUGCACAUAGUAACCAUAAUAACCACACCACCAGCCCCAGCCUGGGACCCCAUAGUCCAGCACUGACACCCAUCAGCAGAGGACUGACUGACAGGGGCCGGGGCGUUUAUCGCAGCAGUACUCCAGGAGGUAGUAAUGAAAAUGUCAAUGGAGACGAUGGACAUGGACCAGUUCAGGCCUAUAAGAGCCACCUGAGCUCCACUCCAAGCCAUCAGCCAUCCUCACUGGGCAGCUCCAGCUCCAGACUGGGACAAGGCCAGAGUCGCAGGCCCAGAGGCCUUUUUGAUGAAGACUCUUGCCACAACACCUCUGGCUCAAUGUUUGGUCCCCAUGGCAACACGGGAGGACGCCCAGGGUCGGCAGACUUCAGCCACAAUACCUCCAGCUCCAACUCACCUGUCAACUGCAGAGACACAUCUGAUCGUCAGGUUCGCUCAGCCAGCCUGUCCAGUGAUGACGUCAUGGGUCUCAGCCAAUCACAGCAGAGCCUGUCACGUAGUUCCACCCUUCCAUAUGACCAUACACCCCAGAGGGCCCAACCACAGCGCGGAGGUGGAGUGAGAAGUAAAACCCGUCCAUCGUCUCCUGGAAGUGAGAUGGUGACGCUGGAACAGUUUUUACAAGAGAGCAACCUACAGUCUCCUCCUAUGGUGUCUACAGGAAGCAGGGAAGACUUGGUGACUGACUAUUUCACUAGAAGCCCCGCCCCCUCAGCGCCCGCUAGCAGAGAUCAGGUCACACCCACCAGCUACGUCACACCCACUGUUCAGUCGUCCAACCAGAGGCCAGGACAGAGUGUGAAGCCUUCACCCCGGCAGCCUGUUGGCCAAUCCCCAGCCUCAGGCCAGCCGGUCAGCCAGAGAAACAGCCAAUCACUGAGCAGGGCUUUUAGUCUGGCCUCGGCUGACCUGCUGCGCUCUAACGGACCAGACAGUUUCCGUGGAAAUGAGGGGUCUCCUGGACAAACAGAUGUGGUGGUUCGGAGGCAAGGUGGAGGAGCCAAUGGAAGAGAGCGGCCGCUGUCUGCUCGCUUUGCUGCCGGCCAGCAUGGAGACGGCAGCUUCCUAAACCCAACCAUUCACCACUCAACCUCCCUCAACCUGCAGACAGAGAGAUACGCAGAGAGGGAGAGAGAACGAGACAGAGGGAGGACCCCGAUCUCCCGGAACGGCCCCUCCGCAUCCUCCACCCAUCACCGUGGAGAGGUCGCCAUGGUGACCCCUGUCCGGGCUAUGCCUGCCACACGACCCGAUGAAGCCUCAGAGCAUGGGGAGGUGCUCAGGGAGGGCCGGUCAGGUGACACCUCCCACACAAAGAAAGACAGUGAGAGAGCAAGGUGUGGCUCCGUUGAACGUCCUAAAAGCACACCAGCAUCCCCUGAUCCCAACAAUGACCCCCAGACUGUGUGGUAUGAGUAUGGCUGUGUCUAAACACUGGAACGAUUGGACGUCUAUGAGUGUGGCUGUGUCUAAAGACAGGGACCACAUACAGCAGGGACCAGCUGCUUUAUGUCCUGGAUCCAAAUCCUGAGACAUAAGUGAUCAGUCUUGGAUAUAAGCUCUCUAUACUGUGGAUUAAAGUUAGAACUCUUAAAGACCAGUGCAUCAAGUGGAAAUUUGUGGCCAGGGCUUUGUCUACAUCUUGGAAAGCAAAGCUACAUGUAAAACAUUUCUGCAUAAAAGAAUUCAGUUUUCUGAAACAAACUUUUGUAGAUGAAUUACCAGCCUUGAUUCCAUUAUGCCAGCUGCCAGUACAGCUGAUUAAAACAGUCACGGUCAUCCAUUAGGAAGCUUUAUGAGGUAGCUGCUGGGAUUUCAGCUGCAUACGGUCAAUCACCUCAACUGCUGAAUCUAUGGACUCAAUUUCCUCUCACCAGUUUUCAUCACAUGCUGAAUCUCUCUGAGGUGGAUACAACAUAGAUUUGACAUCAGUCAUUGAUGGUCUUUUCGCGAUUUAAACUUGAACAGCACAACACUAUAGGUGACGUCUGAGGAUGCUGGGAUUUCAUAGCCUCUAUUAUCAUCGUGUUUACGGUGACCGUGCAGCAUUUUCUCUGAGGCAAAGGAUCCACCAAAGGAGCUUUUUUUUCUUUUUCUUUUUUUUUUUUUUUUAAAAAUGGUGUUAGUAUUGAUUGUUAAAUGAAAUGUGGAUGAUUUUACCAGACAAUGAUCCAGGUGUUACAUUUUGAAGAGUGCUUUUUUAAGACAAGCAGAAAUUGAGAAGGAAGCUGCAAUAUCUUUGAGAAUCUGCAACACUUAAAGCCUGCAGGGACAAGGAACAGAGGACAAGUGCUAAGUGCAUAAACGUUGACCAGAACACUAAGAGUGAGCUUGUCUAUGAGCUGGAACUCUGUGACUGUUUACUGACCCACUGGUCCUGCAAAUGUUUACUUGGAAUCCAACCAAAUCUGCAGAACUUUACUCCAGGAAUUAGUCCUAGAUCAUUUGACUCAACUGAAGAAAAGAUGACCAGAGGCACCAGAGCGACUGAAUGUACCAGAUUUUCUCUUCUUCGUUUCCUCUGCUAUCGAGAACAAACACUGGCAAAGACUAGAAAGAAGGGGCGGAAAUGCAGCGGUUCAAGCAGAGAUGAGGCAAGUGAACGAGAAAGGGGUGAAGAUGGAGAGAGAAUAAAUAGAGGGUCACUGGAAUAGAGAGAGUGGUGACAGAGGGACAGACAGACAGAUAGAUAUAGAGACAGAUGGAGAGGCCAGAGGAUGGAGAGAUAAACAGGUCAGACAUGGAGGGCCUCCUCCCAGUUAAAUUACAGUCUUUCUCCCUCCAUCUUUAGAUUCUGUCCCAGCAUGCAAUACUCUGACACUUUACUGGAAAUGUUGCUCUACGCAAGCCAACACUAGCCUCACAAACACACACACACACUCACAUAUAUAUAAUGAUAUAUACAGACACACAGGCAUUGUCCUUGAGGGGGUUGGUUGUGGCUUCGCUAACCAGUGAGCUGGACUUAAUUCACACACACAUGCACACACUCACCGCAGGGUGAACCACUGUGUUUUGGUAGGCUGUACUGCUGCACGCUAAGUUAGCCAGACAGUUGGAAGUGCUGCACAACAGAGAGAGAGAGAGAGAUUCAGAAUGAGUUCAGACCCACAAACCCACUGUGUUCUGGACAUGAAUGAAGUGACUUUGACAAAUGUGUAGAGUUGUAUGAUAACUGAAUACACCAGUUGUUUGGUCAUUAUGUAAUGGGAACAAAAACAUUCAAAUGUCUUAAAUGAAUAUCUUGACAUUGGUGCACAUUAAACUUUAGCAAAUGCUAUGCUAUGUUGGUUAGCACAGCUACUUAGUAUUGUAUGAUACAUAGCAGGAGUGAGCAAUAUGGAUAAAGUCUUUCAUAGAUAAAAAGUGGAUAGAGUCAUUUAGUUCUGAAUCCCUUCAUCAGUCACAAAAUUCUUCAGCAACAAUUGUGUUAAUUAUUUAUUGAUCCUAGUUGUUUUUUUAAGCAAGCAUUCCAAGCUCUCUUAAUGGUGAUCAAUUGCUGGUUUCUUUGUUUUCAUUGUUAUAGACUGUACAUCUUUGGGUUCAGGACCGUGAGUAAGACAAAAAAAAAAGAUUUGGAGCUGUCACUUUUGACUCUUAGAAAUACGAAGUUCUAUUUUUCAUGUUCUGACAGUUUAAAGUGUAAACAAUCACAUCAUCAAGAAAAUAAUUAACUCAAAAGUGUGGACACACCCACUCAUUCAAGGGUUUCUUUGUUUCCUAUUUUUUGACAGUGUCAAACAAAACCAGUGACAUCAACACUAUGAAAUACCACAUUUAGGAGUUUGGUAGUGAGACAUGUAAACAAACAAAAGCCUGUUUUUAGUGUUAGAUUCGUCACAGUAGCCUCCUUUUGCUUUGAUAUUAGCUUUGCACACUCUUCAUUUGCUCAACCAGCUCCAUGAGUUCAUCACCUGGAGUUUUUACAACAGCCCUGAAGGAGUUCCUACAUAUACUGAGCACUUGUUGGCUGCUUUCCCUUCACUCUGCGGUCCAGCCCAUCCCGUCUCAGCUCGGGUUAGGUUGGGUGAACCAAAAAUCUCAAAUUUGGUCUAAUGACACAGAUUGUCUCCGGUCGACUGUCCAUUCCGUGUGUUUCUCAGUCAAAGCUUGUCCUUGGUCUCAUGUGUGGUUUCUUUGCAACAGUUUCACCAUGAAUGCCUGAAUAAUUUAGUUUUCUCCCAACUGUUGAUUUUCAGACGUGUCCACUGUUUGAACUCUAGAAGCAUCGUUGUGAUGCUGAUAGCUGUUAAUUAUCAGGCUGCUAACUUGUCCUCUGCAGCAGACAGAACUCCUGGUCUUCCUUUUCUGUCACGGUCCUCGUGAAAUCCCAUUUCACCACAGUUUUUGAUGGAUCUUCUUUUCUGGACUGACUAACUUCAUGUCUUAAAGUCAUGGUGGACUAUUGCUUCUCUUUACUUAGCUGAGUCCCAACCGUUGACUGUCACUGUACAUUUAGACAUAUAGUAAAUGUUCUACCCAGACCAGAUGGUCGAUCCAAAACUAAUAGAGGUAUUCUACUCUGACCAUAACCAGCAGUGCUUCCCAUUGAUUCAUGACAUAGAACACAACGGUCUGAUACCAUUUAAAAGUAGGUGUUAAACGGAUAUAACAGUUUGACAGCUGACAGUUUAUCACACAGCAUAUAUAAAGCUGUCGUACAGACCAAAGCUGAAGUGUACAUUCACUGAAAUAUAUUUAGCUUGGUGGUUAGGAUUUUUUAAACCAUUUUAACUGCACACAGAACAACACCUCUGACAUUUAACUAUAGUCUCUUUAACAACCACCAUCUUCACCCCCACCAACCUCCUGCACAAGGUGCCAGACUUCUACCACCCAGUACCAGCGAAUAAGUCUCAGUCUUCCACACUGUCACAUUUGACUGGAUUUGUCAUCAGUCGUGUCAUGGAAGAACUUUGUAUUAGGUGAUUUUUUAUGUUUUUUCUUAAUUUCACCUCUCUGCCUGAAGCUCAAGGGUUCGGGGGAAGAUUCAUGCACAGAGUAGGAGUGUACUGAACACACAUGAAUGAUUUUGGUAUCAGUGCUGUCACCACUGAUGGAUGACUGAAUUUACAAGUGCUUUGUUUUUAGUACAUUUGAAAAAAGAGAAGAUGAAGAGAUGGGAGAAACUGACAUUUUGUCUUUACUGCUGUAAUUUCCAACCUGUCCUUUAAAUCUGCAUUCGAAAGAUUCCAAAAGCACUACAACAGUGAUGAUGAUGAUGAUGAUGAUGAUGAUGAUGAUGAUGAUAGGGAGGAAGAUAUGACACUGGAGUUGUGAACAUGAACAUCAGACUGGGAUCUGUGACUAACAUGGUGGGCUAACACAUUUUGAACAAAAAUCACGUCAAUAUGCAACAAGCUAAAUUAUUUUUCCUGUAACAUUUGUACAGUAUGUUAGAGUUUAUGAACUGGUCAAAUAUUAGACGACUUGGGAUACUUUUUUGUAAAAUCUUCUCGAACUUUACCUUAAAAAUGUUUGUUGAUACCAAAAAAAUAUCAAAUUGAUUUCCUGUGAGCUGGUUAAACCUGUGAUUCCACUGUACAACUUUUAAUAUUUGUAGAUUUUCUAAAGAAGGCUUUUUAAAUUCAAGUGGUGAGGCCAUGUGAGCAGAGGAUGUGACAUGAUGUGAAACACUGUAGGUUAAUGCGGUUAUUUCUUUUUGGUGGCUUUGUGUGUUUCCUUGUUUGUGCCUGCACGCGAUGCAUCACAGCGGUCUGAUUUCCCAAAGCCUUUAAGGUCACAUCUGUGCGUGUGUGUGUGUGUGUGUGUGAAAGCAUUCCCAGAAGCAAUGUUAUAUUGAAAUGACACCAUCACUGUCUGCAUUACCAUGUUAAUGUGUGUCUGCUGCCUGUCUGUUGUUUUUCUACUUGUGUGUCUGUGUGCCUCCUUCGUUGCCACCUGCGUGUCAAUCUGUCCACUUUCCCUUUGUGUGCUGGAAUCAACCAAACCUCUGUGAUUUCUCAGAAUGUCCUCGUCUCGACAACGUUGUGCAACUUUCGCUGACUAAAAAGAGAAACACAAGGGACACCAGAUAGCUGCGUUGUCGUGCAGCAUUAAGGGGGGAGAAGUGAAAGAAGAAGGUGAAGUGAUGCUGACGUCACAGACGUUUCCUGCUGUAACUGGACUUACUGCUACUGUGGUUCACUUUAUGAAUAUUUCUGACUGCUAUGCUGUGAUGUGACUACUGGUAAAGACUUAUUGUUAAAAGGCUUCUAGUUUGAUUCAGCUCAGACUGAUGUUAUUACACACAAAAAGCUUUUUGGUAAUAAAGAUUUAUAAAGUUGAACUGA